UAGUACGUUGCCUCGCGCGUAGCUGAUUAUGACGAGUUCUGGAGUUACUGAAGUGAGAGAAGGCGAAUGGACAUCAGGUCAUUUCCGUGAAGUUUUGGACUUGAAAAUUCCAGGGUAUUUCACAUCUGAUCCUCAGCUACUAGGCGACUUCAACACAAACUUCCGAACAAGACCAGAUGACGUCCUCAUAGCUGCCUAUCCUAAGUCAGGGACAACAUGGAUGCAAGAGAUUAUCUGGCAAAUCUACAACAACGGGGAAUACACCAGUCAAAAAAUUUUGGAACGAUUUCAAUUCCUAGAAUUUUUAACAAGUCCCGGAGUGAGUGACCCUGCGGACAUCGCCAAGGUUCCCAGUCCCCGUCUUAUGAAGUCCCAUCUUUCCUACAACACCAUUCCUAAAAGUUCAAGCGACAGCGCUAAAUGUAAAUAUAUUUACAUUGCCCGUAAUCCAAAGGAUGUUGCAGUUUCAUACUUCCAUUUUGUGGAGAGUCUGGCGUCAAGAAUUGGCUACAGUGGGCCAUGGGAAAUUUUUUCCAAGUUGUUUAUUGAAGGAAAUGUAUAUUGGAGCCGCUAGAACGACCACGUUUUGGGCUGGUGGAAGCACAAAGAUGAUCCAAACGUCUUGUUUCUUAAAUAUGAAGAUCUCAAAAAGGAUCUACUUUCACACGUUCAAUUGACCGCCAGCUUCCUCAACAAGCCGCUAUCAGAAGAUGUUAUCAGUCGCAUUGCUGAACAAUGCAGUUUCAGUGGAAUGACGAAAGAUCUGUCAAAGUACUCGGUAAAUGAAGGCAAAGUCCGUCUUCUUCGGAAGGGUGUGGUCGGGGACUGGAAGAAUUAUUUUACCCCAGAGUUGAAUGAGAGAUUUGAGAAGGAAGUGCUGUCAAAACUAGAAGGAACUGGAUUGGAGUUUGAUUUUGGGUCGUAGUCAAAUUUUGAUAGGCACGAUAAUCAUUGCUUAGUAGAUGUUCGGUCAUGAAGACGCAACUUACAAUUAACAAAUGAG